UCCCUGGAGGAGGCGGCAUCCCGCCCCUCUCCCGCCUGCUCGGAGUUUGGUAUUAGGAGGGUGUACGUUGAGAACCUCAGGAACCCCGCACCAGACGUGGCCGGGACUACGGGCGGUGUUGCCGGGACCCGCGCGGAGAAUAAUUAUGGCAGAGCUUUCUGAGACAGAAGGGCCAGUAGAUUGGAAAGAACGCUGUGUAGCCCUGGAGUCCCAGCUCAUGAAAUUUAGAGUUCAAGCAAGCAAGAUACGAGAGCUCUUAGCAGAGAAGAUGCAGCAGCUUGAGAGACAAGUUAUUGAUGCUGAGCGUCAAGCAGAAAAAGCUUUUCAACAGGUACAAGUUAUGGAAGAGAAGUUAAAAGCAGCUAAUAUUCAAACCAGUGAAUCAGAGACAAGGUUGUAUAAAAAGUGUCAAGAUCUGGAAACUCUAAUACAGGAAAAAGAAGACACCAUUCAAAACUUGGAACUGCAACUUGAAGAGCAGAAACAAAUAAGGAUUCAAGAGGCUAAAAUAAUAGAAGAGAAAGCAGCUAAGAUCAAAGAAUGGGUAACAGUUAAGUUGAAUGAGUUGGAAUUGGAGAAUCAGAACCUUCGUUUGAUCAACCAAAACCAAACUGAAGAGAUAAAAACAAUACAGUCAAAACUACAAGAAGUUCAAGGAAAGAAGUCAGUUGCUUCCACACCAAAGCUUUCAGAAGGCCAGCGUCUGAGCAGUCUGACCUUUGGGUGCUUUUUGUCCCGAGCAAGGAGUCCUCCUCAAGUUGUAAAAUCUGAGGAAACAAGCAAGAUAUCAUCUAAAGAACCUGAGUUCAUGGAAGGAAAAGACAUAGAAGAGAUGGAAAUUCCAGAAAAAUCUGUUGAUAACCAAAUUCAAGAAAACAACCGAGGUCAGAGAACACUGCAUCAAGGCCCUUGCAUGUCAGAGCAGAAUCGUAAAACAAGGACAAGCUUUGUGAUGGAUGGUGGCACAUGCCAGAAUUCUGGGGCUCCCGGGGAUGACUGGAGUUCUGAUGAGGAAGAUGGGAGCAAAGGAAGAUCCAAGUCCAGGUACACGUCUACCCUUUCCAGCCACACAUCAGAAGAGGGGGUCCAAAGUAGCAGAAUGGGCAGUGAGACGUAUCUCACGGCCUCUGACGACAGCAGCUCAAUAUUUGAAGAAGAGACCUUUGGCAUAAAGAGACUGGAACACAAGAAGCUGUAUUCUUGGCAGCAGGAGGCACAGUGGAAGGCUCAGAAUUGUCCUCUCGGAAAGGGAAAUUCCGAAUCAAGGAAAAAGGAGCGUGAUAGUUCCUCAGACGAACUCAAUAAAAAAUUUCAGUCUCAGAGGUUGGAUUAUUCGUCUUCCUCGAGUGAAGCUAACACCCCAAGCCCUAUUCUGACCCCAGCUUUGAGUCCAAAGCAUCCUAACCCACUCCUUGGAAAAGGCACAGAACUAGGACCUUCCUCCACUCUGCCACCUCCCAAAUUAAGGAUCCCUAAUAUUUUCAGCUUAAGCAUCGCACUAGCCAAAAGGCACUUAAGCCAGCCACAGUUAAGUUCCGACAGGAUGUUUGGCACAAACAGAAAUGCUAUAAGCAUGAUACGGCCACUGAGACCUCAGGAAACAGAUCUUGAUCUAGUUGAUGGCGACAAUACAGAAAUUUUAGAGACUAUGGACACUGAUUGUGAUGAUGGAUUAUUUUCCUACGACUGCUUGGAAUCCCCAUGUUCAGAGGACCAGGAAGCCUGCGACUCAGCAAAGAAAGCAGCCUGUGGCAAACCUCCAACUCCACCUCUGCACCGGUUUCCCUCUUGGGAAAGCAGAAUUUAUGCUGUAGCCAAAUCAGGCAUUCGAAUGUCUGAGGCCUUCAAUAUGGAGAAUGUUCAUAAAAAUUCUGUUGCAAUGCUUUCCUACACCACAUCAGGACUUUAUACAUCUCUGAUAUACAAGAACAUGACAACCCCAGUAUAUACAACUUUGAAGGGGAAGGCGACCCAGAUAAGCAGCAGCCCGUUCCUGGAUGACUCCUCUGGGUCAGAAGAAGAAGACAGUUCAAGAUCCAGCUCCCGGACUUCGGAGUCAGACUCUCGCAGUCGGAGUGGGCCAGGCAGCCCCAGAGCCCUGAAGCGAGGUGUGUCUCUGUCUUCUGUGGCUUCUGAAAGUGAUUAUGCUAUUCCCCCAGAUGCUUACUCCACAGACUUGGAGUACUCACAGCCAGAGCAGAAGCUUCUGAAAACUUGCUCAUCUUCCAGUGAUAAUGGGAAAAAUGAACCACUGGAAAAAUCUGGCUACUUAUUAAAAAUGAGUGGUAAAGUCAAGACUUGGAAGCGGAGAUGGUUUGUUCUUAAAGGUGGUGAAUUACUUUACUACAAAUCUCCGAGUGAUGUAAUCAGAAAACCACAGGGCCAUAUUGAACUUAGUGCAUCCUGCAGCAUUUUAAGAGGGGAUAACAAGCAAACAGUUCAGUUGACCACUGAAAAACACACAUACUAUCUGACUGCAGAUUCCCCCAAUAUAUUGGAGGAAUGGAUUAAAGUGUUACAAAACGUUCUUCGAGUACAAGCUGCCAACCCCCUUUUCCUGCAACCUGAGGGCAAACCAACGGUGAAGGGAUUGCUCACCAAGGUAAAACAUGGUUACUCCAAGAGAGUCUGGUGUAAACUUAUAGGAAAAACAUUAUAUUAUUUUCGUAGUCAAGAAGAUAAGUUUCCUUUAGGUCAGAUCAAACUCUGGGAGGCUAAAGUUGAAGAGGUUGACAGAUCCUGUGAUUCAGAUGAAGAUUAUGAAGCCAGUGGGCGAAGUCUGUUAUCCACACAUUACACUAUUGUGAUCCACCCCAAAGACCAAGGCCCAACUUACCUCCUAAUUGGAUCCAAGCAUGAAAAGGACACUUGGCUUUAUCACCUGACUGUCGCAGCUGGAAGUAACAAUGUGAAUGUUGGAUCUGAAUUUGAACAACUUGUUUGCAAGUUGCUAAAUAUCGAAGGGGAACCUUCCUCUCAGAUAUGGAGACACCCUACUUUGUGUCACAGCAAAGAAGGAAUCAUUUCCCCUCUGACAACACUACCUUCAGAAGCUCUACAGACAGAAGCAAUUAAAUUAUUUAAGACCUGCCAACUUUUUAUAAAUGCGGCAGUCGACUCUCCCGCAAUUGAUUACCACAUAUCUCUAGCCCAGAGUGCUUUGCAAAUCUGUCUGACACAUCCUGAGCUACAGAAUGAAAUUUGCUGUCAGCUCAUUAAACAGACAAGAUGGAGACAGCCACAGAAUCAACCAGGACCACUGCAGGGCUGGCAACUCUUGGCGCUCUGUGUUGGGCUCUUCCUUCCCCAUCAUCCUUUCCUGUGGCUCCUCAGGCUCCACCUAAAGAGAAAUGCAGACUCCAGGACAGAAUUUGGAAAAUAUGCCAUUUACUGCCAGAGAUGUGUAGAAAGAACACAACAGAAUGGAGAUCGAGAAGCAAGACCCUCAAGAAUGGAGAUUCUUUCCACCCUUCUUCGAAACCCAUAUCAUCAUUCCUUGCCCUUCAGUAUCCCUGUGCACUUCAUGAAUGGAAUAUAUCAGGUAGUUGGAUUUGAUGCAUCCACCACAGUGGAAGAGUUUUUGAAUACUUUGAACCAAGAUACAGGGAUGAGGAAGCCAGCACAGUCUGGAUUUGCAUUGUUCACAGAUGAUCCUUCCGGCCGGGAUUUAGAGCAUUGUCUUCAAGGAAACAUCAAGAUUUGUGACAUUAUCUCCAAAUGGGAACAGGCUUCUAAAGAACAGCAGCCUGGAAAAUGGGAAGGUACGAGAACUGUUCGUCUCACUUAUAAAAACAGAUUAUAUUUCUCAAUGCAAGUUCGAGGAGAGACUGAUAGAGAAAAGUUGCUGUUAAUGUAUCAGACAAAUGACCAAAUAGUAAAUGGACUUUUUCCUCUGAACAGGGACCUGGCAUUAGAAAUGGCAGCUCUUUUAGCUCAGGUGGAGAUUGGAGAUUUUGAAAGACCUUUUUCCACUCCAGCAGGUCAUGUUACUAAUCAGUGCAAAGCGAAUCAAACUCUAAAACAAGUCAUAGAGAAAUUUUAUCCUAAAAGGUAUAGAGAUGACUCUUCUGAAGAACAGCUAAGGCAGCUUUGCCAGCGACUGUCAACCAGGUGGAUGGCCCUCCGAGGACACAGUGCUGCUGAUUGUGUGCGAAUCUAUUUGACAGUAGCCAGGAAGUGGCCAUUCUUUGGUGCCAAGCUGUUUCUUGCAAAACCCAUAGCCCCAUCGUCCCUUGGAAGUACAUUCAUGUGGCUGGCUGUACAUGAGGAUGGUUUAAGCAUCUUAGAAUACAACUCCAUGAGGUUAAUAGUCAGCUAUGUAUACAAGAGUCUAAUGACCUUUGGAGGUUAUCAAGAUGAUUUUAUGGUAGUCAUUAACAAUGCACAUUCAAAGGACAAACCAACAGAGAAAUUGAUUUUUGCUAUGGCAAAACCCAAGAUUCUUGAAAUCACCCUUUUGAUCGCCAGCUACAUAAACAACUUCUACCAGCAAAAGGCAGUUCACCACCUCUCUGCUCCAGCGCUGCUCUCAGCUCAGACCCAGGGUUUCCAAGCCAGGGUGAUGGGAAGCCAGCCCCUUCUGGCAAACAGCAGACCAACCAAAGGCCCCACUUUGCUCUGAGGCUCAGGGGCCUAAACAUCUCCCCCUGUCUUCUAAGCAAUGGCUGCAUCAGCUCCAAAUAAGUUCAUUUACAUCCUGGCAGCAUGAUACCCACACAGUAGUAGUCCAUUCUUUAAAAAUAAUGGGAGUUACUCUCUUCCAUUUGAUUCAUAAAUAUUCAAAUAAAUGCUUGUAAUAAAACUUAAACACACACACACAUAAAACCUAAACAGAUUUUCCCACAUGCUGAUUUCCUUUUAGCUUAACUGGGUUAGAAUUUGCCAUUUUUUUCCAUCACCUUUGGCAUCAGACACAUCAACACUUUUUUUCUCUUGAAAAAAAAAAUAUAUUCUAGCAAUCUUUAGAAAGGGAGAUUCAAGGGAGUUUUGCCAAACUCUAAUUUGGCAAACCAGUUGAUUAUUUGGACAUGCUUACUGCCAAAAAAUUAUGUACUAUAAUUAAAUGUGCUUUUAAUUAAUGAUACGGUAUUUAGAAAGAAGUAGAGUAUCCAAUUUAAGAAACAGCUGCUGGGUGAUGUUGAAGGGUAAGUUUUUAGUUCUAUGAAUCGCUGUGUGAAAAAGCAGGCGCUGAAUCCCAGGGACGGCGGAGCCUAGUGGGCUGCAGUCCAUGGGGUCGCACAGAGUCGGACACGACUGAAGCGACUUAGCAGCAGCAGCAGCAGGUAACCAGCACCUCCAGUGUGGUUUUAGAAAGUAUACCCUGUCACCUUUUCAGAUCACUGGAGUGUAAAACUUAAAAUGAAACAUUGAUUCCUGACAUUCCUUGGCUAUCUACAUAACCCAAGUUCACUGGAAUAUUGCCCACAUUUCAUUCCAUUGGUGCUGGGUCAUCUUAACCUUGCUUUGUUAAAUAAUAAUAUCUUUGAAAACAAAGAAAUUUUAAAGCUUUGCUUCACACAGUCUUUUAAAUUAUAGUUUGAAAAUAAAUUCCCCAAAAUAUUUUUUUUGAAGAAAAGAAAAAGUAACUCUUCUUCAAAGGAGAUAAAUUUUAGUUGAGUCUAGAAACCUAUUGCUUUACUAGGUUACAUAAAUGGUCAGUACAUUCCAGUUUGUGUCAAAAUAAAGUACUUAUUAUUAUUCAUGAUGAAAAUGAAACUGUGAUAAGACAUGAAAAUUAUAUUGUAAAAAUGUUUAAUUGAAAUCAUGAGUAUACUUAAUUUUAUUUAUGUGUAGAAUUUUUUUAUUUAUAUUUUGGACAUAUAUUUAUCACUUUGUGUAUGGUAUUUUUUUAACCAGUUGGGGGAAAAAAGUUAGCUGCUGAAAUUAAUCUGUUGGCGAGCCUUCUUGUUUUCUUUUUUGCUGCUUUCUCCCUGUGGCAAUGUACUGUUCUCACACUAAGCCUUUUAAAAACGUUCCAUCCUACGUUAGCAUCCUUAGAAAGAUCAGAGUCAAGAAAUACACUGAUCAAGUAAGAUUGCGCUUUACUGAUAAUGACAAAGGUCGAAACCACCCAUAGAAAUACAUGGCCAUUUACUAGUUGUCCUAAUCUUUUGAGCCACAGCCACUCGCUGUGUAAGCAAAUUAAUUUUUGAGAAUAAACUGGUUACCAGUUUGGGAUGACUCUCAGGCACCUUUUGGCUGGGAUACGGUAGAGUUUCUGAGUUCCCGGAAAACCAUUUAAUAAUCAUUAGUCGGUGCACCAGAGGCUUGGCAGAGCUGUUACAUAUGUAUGAGGACUUUAUUCUCAGGCAGUAGUUAGUUCAUCAUGUGGUAAGCCCCCCCCAAAAUCUUCUAAUUUAAAUAAAUAGUGAAGGCUCAGCUUAAAUGGUAGUACCCUAGACUUGGCAUUUAUUUUUGAUAGAGCAGAGAUAAAAUAUUUUGAUGGAAAGAAAUCAAUUUUCUGUAACUGAUGAUGUGAAAAUUUUAUUUUCUGGGAAAUUACUUUUAUAUAGCCAUUUAAAAAUUCAAAGUAUGUUAUUAUGAUUGGUUACAAGAGAAUAAUGUUACAUGUUUAAUUGUAAUAUUUGUCUCCUAUCAUUUUCCUCCCUUUCAAUCAUAAUAAAUGAUUUACAAAACCCA